AUGCUCAAUCAUAGGAAGCGAGAACGUGACAAUUCAUCUCGGACGGGUGAAUCGUCUGGUCUGCAGCCUCGUCCGAAUGUCAACAUUCAUGGUUUUAGCCAUACACACAGCGCUAGUUCCAAAGGGAUCACAGUAAGUUUACCAGAAGGUACUUCUAGGGUGGACACUCACCGUGUCAGUAGCCCUAAGUCGAGCAGUAGGCUUACUUCUGCUCGGAAUAGCGAAUCGAGCACAGCUGUUUCCUCUUCCGUGUCGUCUGCGCGAUGCCAUCCACAUGCUUAUACCACUGUGUCCUCUCGAAUGCGCCAAGUGAGGGGUGGGGCCGCAGCCACCACUAACGCGGCAGCAGAGGCAGCGCCGAAGGGAGGAUCGGAGGGAUUGGAUCCACGCAAUGCGGUUUGGAAAGCAAAACGUGUGAUGCUGGAAGCAGAGAUAGUUAAACUGGAUGAUAUUGAGGCGGGACUUUCUCGAGACUUAGAUACAACGGUUAAAGCCAUUGAGGAGAUGUUAUCAGAGCAUGAAGGUGUGAUUGCGCGCUUAGAGGAGUGCGUGCAAGAGUCUACGGCUUUUCAUGUUGAGGCUAUGCGUCAGCUUUCAGAGCGGGAGAAUACAUGUCGAGCAAAUAAGCAACGCGCAUUAGAGAGAAUCGAGCAGUUAAAGCAAGACGAAAAGGAUCUCCAGGAUCAAAGGAAUGCGUUGCAAGAGGAUAUUAUUAUUGCAAAGGAUCGUGUGGAGCAGCUACAAGGCAAGCUGAAUGUAGCGCAAGAUACGGCAGAUGCUGAAAAGGCAACUCUUAGAACCCUGAUCGAGGAAGAGAAACGUAUGCAGGAUGCUGCCUACGGUCUUACAGGUGAGGCAAAGGAGAUGGUAAUGGAGAUGGAGAGGCUGAGGCUCUCUCAGCGGCAAGUUGAAGUAGCCGCGAUGGAGACUGAGGUGGUACGUCGCGAGUUGUACGCAAAAUGCGAGGAGCUGAAAGGGUCCAUUCGUGUGUUUUGUCGGGUGAAAGGCGACUCUUUGCCAACCGCCAUAUGCGAUGCUGCGUCUGAAACUUCGUCAGUGCAACUUUCACCAAAUACUGCAGCGUCCAAACGGCAGCGCGGCAGUCGUAGGGCGGAUAUACUGAGUGUGCGAAGCAACCACAUAGCGAGUGAUGCUGGUUUUUCUGAAGAAAAUGAGGAGACUGAUAUUUUUUCAUACUCGGUUUCCGCUACUCAAGCCGGUGCGAGUGCAUCCUCUUCUUCAAAAAGGAAGACAAUAGAUCGCGAGAGGGAAAGUGGGGUUAAUGCUGAAGAAAAAGACCAGACACCACCCUUUGAUGUCGAGAAUCCCGCGUACCGGACAAUUUGCGUGCACCAAACGCGGAGCAAUGCCACAUCCACCGCCACCCAUAGCUCCACGGAGUGCUUUGCCUUCGAUCGUGUCUUUGACGGCCGAAGCUCUCAAGAGGACGUCUACAAGGAAGUCGAGCCACUCGUGCAUAGCGCCGUGGACGGCUAUCAUGUGUGUGUGUUUGCCUACGGGCAAACAGGUAGUGGCAAAACUUAUACCAUGGAAGGGCUUAUGGCGUCGGAUGCUACCCACGGGAUCGCGCCGCGGGCGCUACGCACCAUCUUCACCCGUCAGGAGGAGCUCGCACGCGAGGGUUGGCGUUAUACGAUGUCGUGCUCCGUCGUGGAGAUCUACAACGACGUGGUGCGGGAUCUUUUGCAGAACCCUUCCGUGUAUGAGCCCGGUGGCGCUGGAUCGACGGCGAAUUACCACGCCAUCCACCACCACGAGCAAAGUGGGGAGACGGUGAUCCGCAACACACGGACGCGCCGGAUUGCGACCAUGGAGGAUUUCCGCUCGGUCUACCGCCAGGCCACGCAGCACCGCCGAACGGCGAAAACUCAGCUCAACGACCACUCCUCGCGCUCCCACUCCAUCUUUACCCUCCGAAUUGACGGCCGUAACGAGACGAUUCGUCAGCAGAGCAAAGGAGUGCUUUGCUUGGUGGAUUUGGCGGGCAGCGAGCGCGUAAACGAGUCUGGUGCGCAGGGGCAGCAGUUCAAGGAGGCGGUUAACAUCAACCGUAGUCUGUUGGAUCUUGGGAAGUGUAUUAGCGCACUGCGCAGCGGAUCUGUGGUGCCGUGGCGGAACAGCCGAUUGACGUAUUUAUUACAGAAUUACCUGGGCGCGAAAGGGGCGAAGAUGCUGAUGGUUGUAACAGUAUCUAAUAAAAGUUCCCACUUGACGGAGAGCACUAACUCGCUGCGGUUUGCAACGCGUGUAAGGGAUACAAUUAUCGGCUCCUCUGUGAAACGAGUCUCGAAUUUUUGA